GAAGACUGUUCUUCCGGGAAAAUGGCGACUCCCGCUCGUUCGCCGGAGUCCCCGCCGGCCGCGGAUCCGCCGCCAGCAGCAGGGGCUGCCGAGGACGCCGAGUGCCCGCCGCCUCGCCAGCCUCAGCCCCCGCAGAAUGUUCUCGCUGCCCCGCGGCUUCGAGCCCCAAGCUCCCGAGGACUUGGGGCAGCGGAGUUUGUCGGAGCUGCGGGAAAUGUUGAAGCGCCAGGAGAGACUUUUGCGCAACGUAAAAUUCAUUUGCAAAUUGCCCGACAAAGGUAAAAAGAUCUUAGACUCCGUCGCCAAACUGAAAGCUGCCAUUGCAGAACGUGAAGAAGUUAGAGGAAGAAGUGAACUCUUUCAUCCCAUUAGUGUAGACUGUAAGGAGAGGCAAAAAGCGAUUACAGUUGUUGAUGGGGACACAGAUAAGGCCCGGAAUUCUGACCAGAUACUUGAUACUUCAUCACCAGUUCCUGGCUGUUCCUCUGUAGCUAACUUCACAUCAUCUCAGACAACCUCACAACAACAGGGACUGGCACGUCCGACUCUCGGAGGCGAUGCUGAGGCCCCUGAGGCUGAACACACAGUGAGCGAACGCCCAGCUUCCAGCAUCAGAACUGCCACGCCUUCCUCAUCUGCAGCUAGUGAGCCCCUCACUCAGCAUCGUGCUUCAAGUCAAGUGGAGGAUCAUCCUAGCAGCUCGGACGACCUGUUUAUUGAUAGAUUACAAAGGAUCACCAUUGCAGACCCCGUUGAACACCACUCAGAAGAAAACCAGAGUCCUGAGAACUUGGCCAGCCUUUGCAGUGGGCUGCAGAAGAAGCCUCAUUACAUGGAAGUGCUAGAAAUGCGAGCCAAAAACCCCAUGCCCCUACAGCAUAAAUUUAAAACCAAUGUCUUACCUUCACAUCAACGUGAUUCGUUGAGUCCUUGUCAGAGGAGGGGGUCUCCUGUCUCCUCAGAAGAGAGACGGCACAGGGACAGGAAGCAUCUCGAUGACAUCACAGCAGCCCGGCUUCUGCCACUCCACCACAUGCCUACACAGCUGCUCUCCACAGAAGAGUCGCUGGCACUUCAGAAACAGCAGAAACAGAGUUAUGAGGAGAUGCAAGCCAAGCUCGCAGCACAAAAAUUAGCUGAAAGACUGAAUAUUAAAAUGCAGAGCUAUAAUCCAGAAGGGGAGUCUUUGAGGAAGUACCAAGAAGUAAGGGAUGAAGGCAAUGAUCAGUCCUCCGAUGACGAAUUCUGAAGAUGGGCAUUUGGAUCUUCUCCUAAAUCUCUGCCUGUUGAGAUCUCAUUAUCUUACAUCAAACUUUCUAACAAGUAUCAAGAUCAGUGUCAGACAUGGUUGAGAGAAAGUUUUGUCAAGUUACAACAAGGAAGCUAUAAAAAUAGCCCACUUUCAGAAGUUAACUUUCAUGUGCUUGAAAAGUUUAAUAUUUGAAUAUUGUGUUUAAUCACAUUAUAUUAAACUUUUGCAGUA